AUGAGAUGGCCGCGGCCCGGGAGGCGGGAGCGCCCGCGGACCCCGGCCCUUCGGAGAGAUCGACCUCCGAAAUGCGCCCGAGAUUGCAUUCUUUCGGCGGCGCGGGCGCAUUCCACUGCGCGCCAUCCGAGCUCCGCGCGCCCGCGCCAGUCGACGCGCGCCCUUUUGGGGGUUAAGAUGUGUCCGUUGCGGCGAGCGCUCACUAUGUGGUCCCAGCCGCCUCCCCCAGAACCCGAAACGCAGACGGUCCGCGAGCGCGCGCACACCUGGUGCCGCGGUUGUUUCGGCAGCCGACAACUUGCGCGCAUGGUGCGCCGGCCGCCCGAGUACGGCGUCCGCGUCGACCCGACGUCCGUCCAACCCGCCGGCUUGCGCGUGCGCGACGAACCCCAGUACCAGAACAUCGACGAGAUGCGCAAGCGACCCGAGUACGCUAACCUCGACGAGAUAAGUCGCGAGUUCGGUUACCGGCUCUGCCCCGAAGGUCAGAACCUAGAGGACGAAGCUAUUUACGAAAACAUACUCUCAGUGCGUCAGAUCCGUUCCGCGGAAGUGCGUUUAGUGCCUGUGUCUGAAGUGGCUUACUACGAAGGUCAAGGUUACGUGGCUACGCAGGUGCUCAGCAGGAAUGGACCUUCCCGCAGUGUCCUCCACACACCUGGAGCCGUCUGCAGCAAGCAUGCAGGCUCAAUGGAUCGCUGCGGCUUUUCACUGUAA